AUGGUACCAGCGUGCAGUAGAGUAUACAGUCUUGCUGUCAGUGAUACUGGUGAUAUCUUUUUCACAGAUGUCGAUGCACGUAAAAUAGGCAAGGUCGUGGAAGGCAAUAGAGCAGAAUAUACCAUCGGAUCAGAAGGAGAAACACCUCAUGAUGGUUGCGAUAAAACAGCCGCAUUUGUUCAGCCAACAGGCCUUUGUAUCGAAGGACAUUUUCUAUAUCUCACUGACACAGGAGCCGGAGCACUAAAGCUUAUAUCCCCCAUUAAGCCAAUUGCUAAUUUCCUGAAGCAUGUGCGGCUUUUGUAUACAUCGCAUGGUAUCCAUUCUCCACCAGCAUCUUUGGCAACUGCAACGCGUCUCCUGGACGAUGCAACGAGUUAUUUCGAAACAGCUGUAGAAGAGGCGAAGUUGAAUGCAGGAGGCAGAAGAACUGUUGAAGGACCACACAAGGUGCCUUCCUCCAAGACAGUUGCCAGCAUAAGGAUGACACUAGAGGCCCUUUGCUGUAUAGAAAAAGAGUUAACGACCGUCAAUCCAGCCUACAUUGAGCAUGUGAAUCCCAAAUCCCUUGUCACCUUAAUAGUUGAGCACUUCAACUCUAAAAUGAGAGAGGUGUAUGAAGUUCCUACUGUCAUCCAGUUUUCUCAUCAAUUUCCUGUUGCUGUCGAGGAGACUGUCAAAAGAACCACCAACUGCGGCUUUAACUACUUUACCAACAGAAGCAGCUAUUAUGACGUACCGGAAAAUAUGGUUAGUUUUGAAGAACUGCCUGACAUCCCUCGUCCACCCAAACAGAACGGUACACAGCAAGACCUGUCCACAAUGCGAAAAAGGGCAAAGGAGUACCGAAGGUCGUCGCGGCAACUAACUGUACGUGCCAAGUCAACAAAGGAUAACCCGGGCACCCUGCCUGUAACUGCUUACGGUCGUUGAGGACUUGUAGCAAACCCCUCUUCUUCAUUGUCAGAGAUCUGCCGCAACAUACAUGUGGAUUCAGAUACUCCAACCAGUGACGACGAGGAUGAUUUCGAUGUUGAUUGUGUGCCAGUACCGAUGAAUUGUGUUUCCACCAUUACGUUUAGCAAAGGUUCAACCCUUUUGAUUUCGCGUGAUGAAAGAGUUUCGGGCCCAUUUUUACUAGGAAACCUUGCCCAAGACUGGAAACCCCGGAUGUUGACGGACACUGCGAAAGUCCAUAUUUACGCACCUGAUCCAGAAGACUGUUUGCUCCUACAAUAUGAAUUCACCGGUAUUGUGAAGUUGGAUCAGGUCGUUUGCCAGCUAAAAGGUGAUGAAGGCAUUACUUAUCUUGAAGAUGAUUUUCAAUUACAAAUGAAUGAAGAGGUCUAUCAUCAGUGCGUGAUGCAGCUUAGCAGAGUUACAACAACGAAGCCUUCACCUGAGCAAACAGAACCAGCAUCCGGUGGCCAUACAUCUAGAGGGCGUCCUCUUCGUCUGCCACAUAGAUUAGGAGAAUAA